GUCUGUCUACCAAGCGACUUCAUCAAGUCUCACGAGGAUGAUAUUCUAAUGAGCAAGCAUCGGAGCAAUUAUGGAUGGGGAGCGUUCACCUGGGAGCAGACGCGUGCUGCACCGAGCCACAGACUCACUUCCCUGGCCGCACACUGAUCCAAGAUGGGCCCAAGAUGCGAGCAAGAUGGAAUCAAGAUGGGUACAAGAAAGGGGCAAGAUGAGACCAGAAUGGGAUCAAAGUAGGAGCAAGAUGAGAGCAAGAUGAGAGCAAGAUGAGAGCAAGAUGGGACCAAGGCGGGAGGAUCACAAUAGUGCCGGGCCAGUAAGUGCGCUCGUUGACGACAGGAGUUAUAUGAGUGGAAUAUCGCCGGGGAUUCUUGCAAGGGCCUCAGUUCAUUAUUUCCUACUCUCUAUUACUAAAGAGCUGACUACGCUCGACAAGGUAGUGCCGAGUCUUGUGUAGGACAAGUAUUGAACAUCCUAACUAAUUUGACCUUUGUUCUUAUCGAUAUAAACGGACCCUCGACGCCGGAUUCACACAUUGUAG